AUGAAAUUCGCAAUUCCUGAAAUAUCUUGGCAUAAUAGGGAUCCUGUGUUGAGCGUUGAUUUUCAGCCUAAAAAUGAACCGAACGAUCCAUUGCGAUUAGCAACUGGUGGCACUGAUACUCAUGUUGUCAUAUGGUAUAUUUCAAUAAGCGAUACAGGCUCUGUGAAUUUAGAAGUGGCAGCCGAUUUAACCCGACAUCAAAAAGCGGUCAAUGUUGUCCGGUGGUCACCAAGUGGGAAACUCCUAGCAUCUGGUGAUGAUGAGUCUAUCAUUUUUGUUUGGAAACAAAAAACGGAGGACCUUGCUCCACCAUUGGAAGGCGAAGAACAGUAUAAAGAAACAUGGGUUAUACAUAAAACUCUGCGAGGGCACAUGGAAGAUGUCUUAGACUUAAGCUGGAGCAGUGAUUCUCUAUCUUUAGCAUCAGGUUCUAUAGAUAACAAAUUAAUUUUGUGGGAUGUUUCCCGUGGUCGUUACACACACAUAGUGUCUGACCAUAAGGGCUUUGUGCAGGGUGUUGCUUGGGAUCCUCUGGGGCAGCUAAUUGCUACAGCCUGUUCAGAUAGAGAAUUUAGAACAAUUGAUAUAUCAACCAAAAAGGUUCACUCUCGGAGCAGUAAAGCCGUUCUGCCCUUUUCAAAGGAGCAUACACUAUAUGACACUAGGGUUCGCUUGUAUCAUGAUGACACGCUGCAGACAUACUAUAGACGGUUACAUUUUAGCCCUGAUGGUCUCUUUAUUGCUGUGCCUGGGGGAAGAAUAGAAGCAGAGCAGGGCAAAGUAGAUGUAAAGCCAAUGAAUGCAGUUUAUAUUUAUACGCGUUAUUCACUUAAAGUUCCAGCCUGUAUCCUACCAUGUGCGGACCCUGCUCUAGCAGUGAGAUGGAGCAGCCGGCGAUAUGCUCUUCGCACUAGUGGUCCCACCCCGGCGUUUCCUACUCCACAUAGACUUGUACUUGCCGUGGCGACUAAGCGCUCCAUACUAAUAUAUGACACGCAGCAAAAGAGCCCUAUCGCGCUUAUAUCGAAUAUACACUAUACAAGAUUGACAGACUUAAGCUGGUCAAAUGAGGGUCAAGCGUUGGUGGCCUCCAGCACAGAUGGAUUUUGUUCCGUCGUCACUUUUUCGAAAGGGGAACUCGGAGAAGUGAUUCCUCAUGAUGCACCUAUAGAAGCGAUGGAAAUAGAUGAACCAGCUCCGGAAAUUAUGCCAGAGCAGCUAAAAGAAGAAAAACCAGUGAAGAGUAAAAAUGAUCUGCCAAAACUAGAUUCUUUUAUAAAAUUCAAAACGCCCACAGAAAAGUCGCCAAAAAAACAAAAAGUUGAAACGAUAAAACAAAAAACUCCCGUCAAAGUGGAUCUCUUAGUGGAAACGGCGAUGUCUUCUUGGUCAGAUAACUCCAACAGUGAGGUCAAUAAACCGGAUAGUAAAUCGGCAACUGAAAUCAUUGUGCUGGAAGAUAGUUCGGAUAUUAAACUUUUUUAUGAAGAAUCCGAGAGUUCUGUAACAGGAACUAAGGAAAUAUCUCCAAACAAGGAAAUGGAUAAUAAAAUGUCGGAUAUUUUAAAUGUAAGGGAAAAAUCGGACGCUCCUGAAAAUAACUCAGAUGUAGCAAAAAAACCUAAAACUGAAGAGGCAGUUAAAACUUCACCUAAAAAUAAAACGCAGGGCUCAAGGCAACGCACCUUAAAUGUGGAUUUCUUAAAACAAGCUAAAGUGACGGAUAUAAAAGAAGCGGUGGCCGUGAAAUCAGCUCCGAGCCCUAAAGCACCGCGAAGGGUCAGUUUUGUGACACUCUCCAGUCCUAAGAAUAAAAAGUCAUGUUAA